UCGAACCAAAUGUAACUUAAUGCAUGUCACCCUUUUUCUCAGGAACCUCUCUUUCUCUCUCACUUUCUUCUAAUAACUAUUCUCACACUUCCCAGUUACUCAUUCCUACUAUAACUUUUCUUCUUCAUCAAGCCAUGGUUGGAAGAAAAAACGAAGAAAUUAAAUAUAUGAGUGAUGAGUUGCAAACCAUUUUUCUGGCCAACUUGGAUGAGGCACCUGCUAGAAGACGUGCUCGUGAGGCUUUUAAGGAUAUUCAACUUGCCAUUGAUCAUUGCUUGUUUAGGUUACCAUCAGAUGGGGUGAACAUGAAAGAGGUUUAUGAAGUGAACUCCAGAGGAAUAAAAAUAUUCUCUAAAAGUUGGCUUCCAGAAAGUUCUCCUUUGAAAGCAAUCAUUUGUUACUGUCAUGGAUAUGCAGACACUUGCACAUUUUACUUUGAAGGAGUUGCAAGGAAGUUAGCAUCAUCUGGAUAUGGAGUAUUUGCAUUGGAUUACCCUGGAUUUGGCCUAUCAGAUGGUCUUCAUGGUUAUAUUCCUAGCUUUGAAAAUCUAGUGAAUGAUGUCAUCGAACAUUUCUCAAAAAUUAAGGAACAAAAGAAGUAUCAAGAUGUGCCAAGCUUCUUGUUGGGUGAAUCAAUGGGAGGAGCCAUUGCCUUGAAUAUUCACUUCAAACAACCUACUGCAUGGAAUGGUGCUGCACUUAUUGCACCUUUGUGCAAGUUUGCGGAGGAUAUGAUUCCACAUUGGUUAGUGAAGCAAAUACUGAUUGGUGUAGCCAAAGUUCUUCCCAAAACUAAGUUAGUUCCUCAAAAGGAAGAGGUGAAAGAUAAUAUAUUUAGAGAUCUGAACAAGAGAAAACUGGCACCCUAUAAUGUGUUACUCUACAAGGAUAAACCAAGACUGGGAACUGCAUUGGAGCUGUUGAAAGCCACACAGGAGCUGGAACAGCGUUUGGAAGAAGUUUCUCUGCCAUUGUUAAUCAUGCAUGGGGAGGCUGAUAUAAUUACUGAUCCAUCAGCUAGCAAGGCUUUGUAUGAGAAAGCUAAAGUGAAGGACAAGAAACUGUGCCUGUAUAAGGAUGCUUUUCAUACUCUACUUGAAGGUGAACCUGAUGAAACUAUAUUUCACGUGCUUGGUGAUAUUAUAUCUUGGCUUGACGAGCAUAGCAGCAGAAAAAACACAUAUCAGACACCUUAGCUACUGGUUUGCCACAAAAGUAGCCGUUAAAUUCAGUUUAUGUAAUGUUUUACUACGGGAAUUAGAAGGUUAAAUGGACUAGGAUAUAAUCAAUCAAAUGUAGACCUUAAUGUUCGAAGCUUGAAUAUCAAUUUACACGUGUUUGGUUGCUUGAAUGUCAA